UAUAUUUAAUUUCUUAUGGUACGUGAAUAAUUAUUACAAUUAUUGUAAAGUUUGUACGUUUUUCGUUAAUUUGUCAUUGUUGAAAUCGUGUCGGUAUGCCUCCGAAACGUAAAGCUCCUACGACAGAUGAAGAUGACGAUGAGUAUCGGAAAAAACGUGACCGGAACAAUCAGGCAGUAAAACGAAGUCGGGUGAAAUCCAAACAACGUACUGAGGAAACCCAACAGACGGUCAAUGAACUGCGGGUGAAAAACAAAGUCUUAGAGGAUAAAAUAAAAAACCAGACAAAGGACCUGAAAUUCCUAAAAGAAUUGUUUCUUGCACAAGCCCAAGCCAAAUCGGAUAAACUGGGUGGAGUCAAUCUUGCAGAGUUACUGAAGAGCUCCGACGAUGAAGCUGACGAAGCAGAUAGCAAAGGCAGCAACAAGAAAAAGUCUAGCGGAAGUGGCAGGUCUGUUGGUGGCAGCCGUAAGGCUGGAAAUUCCAGCAAAAGUUGAUGUAAUUACGUUAAAUGUGAGCCUUGCUCGUUAAAGUAAAUUUAAAAUAUGUAUGUAGAUUUUGUGUCCCUAGU